CAUAAUCAUUUGACAUUGAUGUAAUACAUGCUGUGCUCUUAACCUCAAAAUAUUUAUUUCACAACAUAACUUGGCACCAAUAAAUCGAUAUCAUUUUGAAUAACGCAAAAGACAAAAAGACAAAAUAUGGGAAAUACAGUGUCAGCGGCUGAGGCAGUUGCCGCAGGAAUUACACAUCCAAAAAAUAAAUCGGUAUCACCUGACCAUAGUAAAUUUGAUAUGAAAUCUGGCACACCACCACCGGAAUGUCCAAUGCAUCAAAAGCCAGCUCAACCAUCAGCUAAUGAAUGCCCAGUAAUACAUAACAAUGACGAUAUCAAUCCAUAUAACAUGAUGCCGCCAGCCAAUCAAAAUCCAGCACCAGAUCAACCAUUUCCAUUGCCAACAGAUCGACAAGUAUCAUCAAUACCAAAGGCAACUGAAAAUAAUACCAAAGAAUUUUGGGUGUAUCCAAGUCAGCAAAUGUUCUGGAAUGCAAUGUUGCGCAAAGGAUGGCAAUGGAAAAAAGACGAUUUGAAACCAAAUGAUAUGGAUAACAUCAUUAAAAUACACAAUGCAAACAAUGAACAAGCCUGGCAAGAGGUGCUUAAAUGGGAGGCAUUACAUGCCAAAGAGUGUGGCAAUCCACGAUUGAAGAGUUUCGGUGGCAAAGCCAAAGAUUUUAGUCCACGUGCGAAAAUCCGUCAUUGGAUGGGAUAUGACUUGCCAUUUGAUCGUCAUGAUUGGAUUGUUGAUCGGUGCGGCAAAGAUGUGCGUUACAUCAUCGAUUACUAUGACGGUGGUGCCACUGACGAAAAUUACAAAUUUGCUUUGUUGGAUGUUCGACCCGCAUUGGAUUCGCCCGGAAAUAUUUACGAUCGUGCACGUGUCUGCCUAUUCAGAUGGAAAGUGGAAUUGUUAGAAAAACUAAACAUGGAAUAGACUAUUUUACGAAAGAAAGAACAUUUGUAAAAUUCAAAAUCAUAGCGAUGUGAGUUUCAACUAUGAUAACUCAUCUAAUUUAUGCGAAAUUUUCGAAAAUGAUAACAAACAAAAAAAACCAUUACUGUCAGCCAUAGUAGAAAAUCUCAUGAAAUAAUGAAAUUCUGAUUACGGACUUAUAGAUGUGAAUAGUGAUUUUAUUUUUUGCGUCCAUAAAAAGGCGAACUGAAGCAGAUAUUUGGACUAUAUUAACCGAUUUACAUUUCGACCUCAAUGCCGUUUGAUUUUCAACAUAACUAGCUGUAAUAAUUAAAAAAAACUAAAUUAAAAUUACCAUUGUAUCAACAACUGAAUCGAUUCGAACGAAAAACUGUAUAUUCUUGUGAAAUGUGUUAAA